AUGCACACGGGCAUCCACACGGGCACGCACACGGGCACGCACGCAGCAGAGCCGCGACGCCGACGGCGCUCGGGAGGGAGCCCGGGCUUUGAGGAGGGGCUGCGAGGUGGGCCCCAGCGGGAGAGCGCUCCCCCCACUCAUCUCCGGCUCUCCCGUUCCAGACGGCGUCCUGCUGGCGGAGGGGAGGCCUCCAGGGACCUGGAAGCCCAGCUGGGGCGCGCCGAAUCCGGCCUUUCCUUCCUCUCCGGGCUCACCGGCGUCAGGAUCGCGGACUACUCCAUGGCGAGAGCGGAGCUUCCCGGGAGCAGCGAGAGCGCCGGGGAGAGUGGCCUGAGAGUCCUGCGAAAGGGCCGCCUGGCGGGAGAGUGCCACUCUGUUCCCUUUCAGCUCGAGUUCCAGCUUCUGGAAACGCAGAGUGAAGAGAACUCCUCGGCUACCAUUACAGACCUUAGCAUUAUCGUGGAGCCCACGGAACACAGUGAGCUCAGCAGAUUUGUGGCCCGGACAGAAGAGAAACGGGACCUUUUCCUGUUUUUCAGAAGCCUUCACUUUUUCCUGGAGUGGUGUGAAUACCGUCAGCGGACAUUUCAGUACUUCAAGGAGAAACACCCUGCCAUGGUGCAGCUCCCAGGAGGCCCCGCUGCAGACUCCAUGGGGCUUCAGAGCCCCUGCGUGCCCGGAUUUGAGCUUGUGGUCGUGUGGACGGUGCACAUAGAUGAAGGAGGGAAGGUUGUGCCCGAGCUGGACCUUCUGACAAAAAUCCCAGAGCAAGCCCUGACCCUGGACCAGAGGGAGGUGGUGGCGCGCGCCCCCCACUGCUUCCGGACCCUGCUGCUGCUGCUGGGCAUCGAGGCUGCCAUCGACAGCCUGAUUCAACUGCUGCGCACGGAAGAAUGAAGACCACCUCUCGUGGCGAGACUGG